ACCAGUGAGUGUGCAAAAGAUGAUGAAUUUGACUGGUUGUCCUAAACCCCUCAGAGUGCACUUUACCCAACCAUUCAUCAUUGACGUCUGCCACGUUUAUGAGGCUCUUACUCACUGAUUUCCGAGUUUUUCUUCAGUUCUGGCCACUGUUCGUAACUCACAUGCAAGUUUAAGCUAGAGGGAGCGCCCUCCAAACAAGAUUACAACAAAGGAAGAUUUACUGAUAUUCUUCAAAUCAUCCCGUCUCCAACCACCAGCUGAGUUAGUAACAUUCACAAACACACACCUACCUACACGCACCUCUCCGGGGAAGGAUGAUGUGCUCUCGCUUGCGCCCCCCACUCCCUCGCCUGUUGUUGCUGAGGGCGAUGGGCACUGCGGCCCCCAGGUUGGGGGCCUCCCCGCAGCCCGACCUGCUCUCGCCGGCUCUGGCCUUUGAGGAUCCCAGUGCCUUCAGGGUGAAGAGCUGGGGCGAGCUGCUCCGAGCUCUGGGAGUCUUCCACCUCUGCUCCUUCCCGUUGCUGGUUAACAACUGUGGGAAGCUAAUGUCUGUAGCACGCACUCUCUUGGGGAGGAGGGGGUUUUCCUUACUGCUGCAGCCCACUGUGUAUGCUCAGUUUGUGGCCGGAGAGACUGAGACAGAGAUCUCUCGGUCCGUGGAGAAGAUGAAGUUGCUGGGGCUGAGGCCCAUGCUGGCAGUGCCCAUCGAGGAGGAUCUUGGAGAAAGCACUGGGGAGAAGAGAUACGACGACAACUUGGAGGCCAUGCUGGAAUGUGUGCGGAUGUCCCACAGCAACACCUGGAGCAAAGACCCGAUGAUGCAGCUGAAGGUCACGGCCCUGCUCAGCCCGGAGCUAUGUGUGAAAAUCACAACCCUCAUUGCACAACAACCAUACGACCCGAGUCUCCUUGUGAGAGCCAUGGACGGAGAACCAAUCAUUUUCCCCGGUUUAGACGAAAGUGAAGUUGCCCACCUCCUCUGUGGUCUGCAGAGACUCAACAGAAUAGGAGAGGCCAGUGUAAACAAAGUCCGAGUCCUGGUCGAUGCAGAGUACACCUACAUGAACCCUGCCCUCUCGCUCGUCACCAUGGCCAUGAUGAAGAAGUUCAACAAAGAUAGUGCCUGGAUUUGGAAUACAUAUCAGUGUUACCUGAAGGAGUCCAGGUCCCUCCUGCUAGAUGCUCUGUCUCUGUCCAAGAGUGAGGGUUUCUGUCUGGGGGUCAAACUGGUACGAGGAGCCUACAUGGACAAGGAGAGGAAGCUGGCAGAGAAAGAGGGUCGUCUGGACCCCGUCCAUCAGAGCUGGGAGGACACCAAUGACAGUUAUAACGGCUCGCUGGACGUCAUGCUGAACGCUAUAUCCCAGAAACAUGAGCGCUACAGGAUUAUAGUCGCCACCCACAACGAGGAGUCAGUGAGACGAGCCGCCAAACGGAUGGACGAGUUGGGGAUAGACAAAGAUGGAGGUUCAGUGUGUUUCGGCCAGCUGCUGGGAAUGUGUGACCACGUCUCCCUCACACUCGCCAAGGAGGGGUAUGCCAUAUACAAGUCAGUGCCAUAUGGCUCAUUGGACGACACACUCCCCUAUCUGGUGCGACGGGCUCAGGAGAAUCGCACUGUGUUGCAGGGAAUCCGCAAAGAGAGGGACCUGCUGAGGCAAGAGCUCUGGAGGAGACUUCGCCCGAGGGGAGGCAGCUAAUACUCACAACUUUCUACAAAUUUCCAGAACAAAACGCAUUUCAAACGUGUCCUAUUUUGCUGCUGUGCAUCAAGAACUGAUGAAGUUUCAUAGUAAUAAACUACUUAGAUGUACAAUUGAAUAUAUAUGUAUAUAUAUAUACAGUAUAUAAUUUGUUUGACAAUAAAAACUGCUUUUGACAA